AUGGGAUGUUGCUGUAAAGUUUUUAAUGCAAAGUUGCUGCUUGGAUUCUUUAAUUUGGUGUUUAUGCUUUGUAGCAUCGCAGUCCUCUUCGCCGGCUUCCAUCUCUUCACAGACAACAAGCGACUCCUCCUUACAUCUCUAAUCAUCAUUGACGAUCAUCCACUCCAUGCAUUUGACCUCUCAUAUCCAAUCAUUUAUUAUGUUGCAUUCAUUUUAACAGUUUUUGGCAUGGUCAUCGCUUUCAUUUCCUUCAUUGGAUUUUGCACGUCGUGCAUGUCGAGUUACCCGCUGCUCGUAUUUUACUUUCUAUUGAUUGUCAUGCUACUGAUUAUUCAGUUCCUUGGCGGCGUUGUGGUUAUAACGAAACCGCAAUUUUUAGGGUUGAAUGUCAAUACAACGCAGAUGGUUCGGAUACUUCAAGGGACAUAUGGAGUUCCGAAUCAUGAGCAGUGGACAAUAGCGAUGGAUUACGCACAGACAUUUUUGGAUUGUUGUGCUAUAAAUGACAGUAUUAAUUAUGAUACAUCGCUGUGGAGGCUGCAGAAGUUGGGAAGGGAUGAUUUGUCAGUUCCAUUGACUUGCUGUAAAUUGAUGAAUAAGUUUGAGGAAAAUUCUUAUUUGGAUCCAGUGCCGGUUAAUAUGACAUUGUGUCAGUCGAUACAGCCACAGGAUUUUCAGAAGGCACGGCAUCUUGAGGGCUGCCUUGACAGAAUCGAGAAUUGGUAUCGCGAACAUUACAUCAUCCUCCUCUACGCAGGUCUUCUUCUAUCAACGAUCGAGUUCUUCAUCCUCUUAUCCAUCAUCCUGGUCUGCUCAAUCAUCAAACAAAAGAAGCUUCGCCAUCAAAUCUCGCCAUCACCUGUCAACUUCCUCAAUGAGAUGCAAUCGAAUAUUUUAAGGAGGAACAUGAACGAGAACAUUUAUCAUGAAGACUUCAUCACGAUGGCACCGGCAACGAGUUCAGCAUCAACGAUUAGGGAAGUUUACAUACAGCCGAUGGAUGUGCCGAGAGAUAAUUAUAAGAGAAAUCAUUAUAGACUUAAUGGGAAGGGAUUGUUGGUGUAG